AGUAUUCGAUAGUCGAUUUAUCAGUUCCAAGUUGCAUGUAAACAUAAACAUAAAAGCGUAGUGAGUACAAUACAAAUACAAAUGUAAUAUGUUUGUGACAUUCACUGUAGAGGUUGUUUCCAAGAAAUAUUUUAUUCAUUAAUUCAAGAAAUGUGUUGUCUGCUACGCAACUUACGAACACUAAACCAAAUUCUGUAUGUCAACGUUUCUACGAAAGGAAAUAGUGUAUUCAAGAACUGGUCGAGAUGCGUUUCUUAUGUGCAAGGGCAGUCACCAGAACCGAACAUAAGGGAAUAUUUUUACUACGUAGACCACCAAGGAAUGCUGUUCCUGGAUGACUCCAGAAUGAAGAAUUUCACUUCCUGUUUCAAAGACAAAAAGUUCCUGGAAUUCUUUUUUAAACGCCUGAGGAUGAAUACAACAGGGCGCUACACAGAAGACUUUCCUUACUUGUCACUUUGUGGUCGAGAACGAAAUUACGUUAGAUGUGAUGAUUAUCCUAUUGUAUUCACUCAUGUAAUGAAAGACGCGCAGAUGAAUAAUGUCUUAAGUUAUGGCCAUGCUGGAAAUUUACUGACUGUUAAGUUUGAACCGGAGAAAGUUAUAAUGCUUCCAGAGACUGGGCGUGUUUAUCAUCCCGCACCGGAAAGAGUCGGUGGUAUUGGCUUAAUUAGAUCCAAGUUAGCAAUUGAAUUAAGUAAGUUUUUUAUAUUUGAAAAUGGUGAGCAACAAGAACCAACACAUUUAUCAUGGGAUGGUAAGAUAUAUGAGUUAAUAACGGAUUGGUACAAAGAAGCAAAACAGCAGGAACUUGAGUGUUCAAAUUAAAUUAGAUUCACCCAUAUAUUAUUGUGAGAGAAAUUACUGACAUGUUCAAAUCCACUUCCAAAGACAAAUAUUUCUAGCAACUUGCCUGAUGCUGAAUAUGUCAUCAGGCUUGCUUGGAUUGGAAGAUAAGUGAUUGUUUAUUGUAAAAUGUUGAGCUUCUUAAUUUCUUCAUAAAAUAAGAUGUAAAUUGGUUUAUACAAUAACUACUUCUUGUUACAUAGUACCUUUGGAGUAGCAAGUCACCAGUUCAAUUGUUAAUUGGCAUUGUUUAGUCCAGUAUUUGUGAUUGUUAUUAACACUGUUGUAUUUUUACAGAAUAAAGUUAUGUUUUUCCAAAAAC